AUGUGGCGGGUGAAGGGAUCGACAAAUUACGGAUACUUCGGCACGACAUCAUUUCCUAACCUUCCAUAUGCCACAGUGCAAGGAGGAUACAGUAAUGGCGGAAUGUAUGGCGCAGCUCCAACAACAACGAACCUUUUUCCCGCACCAGGCUAUGUGGGCAUGCAAUCUACGGUAUCGCCACCGUAUCCCACUUGGAACUCUGUAUACGGACGCCCACACGCACACAUUCCUUCGUCUCAAAAUGCAGUCUAUGGUUCCACUGGAAGCACCGGUUACAUACCUGGGUACAGCAGCACAUGGAAACUGCCAGCCUCAGGAAGCGGGCAAUAUGGAAAUGGAUACGGACCAACGGGGAAACUUCCAGCAUCCGGGAGCAUUGGUUACGGAUACACACCUAGCUACGGCAGCACAUGGAAACUGCCCGCAUCGGGAAGCGGGCCGUAUGGUUCUGGGUACGGACCAACGGUGAAACUUCCAGCAUCCGGGAGCACUGGCUAUGGAUAUGGACCUAGCUACGCCAACACGUUGAAAAUGCCAGCCUCGGGAAUCGGGCCGUAUGGUUCUGGAUACGGACCAACGGUGAAAUUUCCAGCGUCUGGGAACACUGGCUACGGAUACGGACCUAGCUACGGCAACACAUGGAAACUGCCGGCCUCAGGAAGCGGGCCGUAUGGUUCUGGAUACGGACCAACGGUGAAACUUCCAGCAUCCGGGAGCACUGGCUACGGAUAUGGACCUAGCUACGGCAACACGUUGAAAAUGCCGGCCUCGGGAAGCGGGCCGUAUGGUUCUGGAUACGGACCAACGGUGAAACUUCCAGCAUCCGGGAGCACUGGCUAUGGAUAUGGACCUAGCUACGGCAACACGUUGAAAAUGCCGGCCUCGGGAAGCAGGCCGUAUGGUUCUGGAUACGGACCAACGGUGAAACUUCCAGCAUCCGGGAAUACUGGCUACGGAUACGGACCUAGCUACGGCAACACAUGGAAACUGCUGGCCUCAGGAAGCGGGCCGUAUGGUUCUGGGUACGGACCAACGAUGAAACUUCCAGCAUCCGGGAGCACUGGCUACGGAUACGCACCUAGCUACGGCAACACAUGGAAACUGCCAGCCUCAGGAAGCGGGCCGUAUGGUUCUGGAUACGGACCAACGGUGAAACUUCCAGCAUCCGGGAGCACUGGCUACGGAUAUGGACCUAGCUACGGCAACACGUUGAAAAUACCGGCCUCGGGAAGCGCGCCGUAUGGUUCUGGAUAUGGACCAACGGUGAAACUUCCAGCAUCCGGGAGCACUGGCUAUGGAUAUGGACCUAGCUACGGCAACACGUUCAAAAUGCCGGCCUCGGGAAGCGGGCCGUAUGGUUCUGGAUACGGAACAACGGUGAAACUUCCAGCGUCUGGGAACGCUGGCUAUGGAUAUGGACCUAGCUACGGCAACACGUUGAAAAUGCCGGCCUCGGGAAUCGGGCCGUAUGGUUCUGGAUACGCACCAACGAUGAAACUUCGAGCAUCUGGGAGCACUGGCUACGGAUACAGACCUAGCUAUGGCAACACAUGGAAACUGCCCGCAUCAGGAAGCGGACCGUAUGAUCCUGGAUACGGACCAACAGUGAAACUUCCAGCAUCUGGGAACACUGGCUACGGAUACGGACCUAGCUACGGCAACACAUGGAGAGUGCCAGCCUCAGGAAGCGGGCCAUAUGAUCCUGGAUACGGACCAACGGUGAAACUCCCCGCAUCCGGGAACACUGGCUACGGCUAUAGACUUAGCUACGGCAGCACGUUGAAACUUCCAGCCUCGGGAAGCGGUUCAUACGGAACUGGAUACGGAAAAACGAUGAAAUUACCGGCGCUUUACAGCCAGAGUUACGGCCAAACGUCGCAGUUUCCAGCUUUUGGAAACGGCAACUAUGGUAUGGGUCACAGUCAAACAUGGCAGUUUCCAGCUUCGGGUGGCGGUGUGAAAGGCUACGCUCAGACACUGAAGCUCCCAGCCUCUGGAGGUGGCGGUUAUGGUGUCGGUCACAGCCAAACAUGGCAGUUUCCAGCUUCGGGUGGCGGUGUGAAAGGCUACGCUCAGACACUGAAGCUCCCAGCCUCUGGAGGUGGCGGUUAUAGUGUCGGUCACAGCCAAACAUGGCAGUUUCCAGCUUCGGGUGGUGGUGUGAAAGGCUACGCUCAGACACUGAAGCUCCCAGCCUCUGGAGGUGGCGCUUUUGGUGUCGGUCACAGCCAAACAUGGCAGUUUCCAGCUUCGGGUGGUGGUGUGAAAGGCUACGCUCAGACCCUAAAGCUCCCAGCCUCUGGAGGUGGUGGUUAUGGUGUCGGUCACAGCCAGACAUGGAAGUUUCCGGCUUAUGAUGGUGGUGUGAAAGGCUACGCUCAGACGCUGAAGCUCCCAGCAUCUGGAGGUGGCGGUUAUGGUGUUGGUCACAGCCAAACAUGGCAGUUUCCAGCUUCGGGUGGUGGUGUGAAAGGCUACGCUCAGACGCUGAAGCUCCCAGCCUCUGGAGGUGGCGGUUAUGGUGUCGGUCACAGCCAGACAUGGCAGUUUCCAGCUUCGGGUGGCGGUGUGAAAGGCUACGCUCAGACACUGACGCUCCCAGCCUCUGGAGGUGGCGCUUAUGGUGUCGGUCGCAGCCAAACAUGGCAGUUUCCAGCUUCGGGUGGUGGUGUGAAAGGCUACGCUCAGACACUGAAACUCCCAGCCUCUGGAGGUGGCGCUUAUGGUGUCGGUCACAGCGAAACAUGGCAGUUUCCAGCUUCGGGUGGUAGUGUGAAAGGCUACGCUCAGACACUGAAGCUCCCAGUCUCUGGAGGUGGCGCUUAUGGUGUCGGUCACAGCCAAACAUGGCAGUUUCCACCUUCGGGUGGUGGUGUGAAAGGCUACGCUCAGACACUGAAGCUCCCAGCCUCUGGAGGUGGCGCUUAUGGUGUCGGUCACAGUCAAACGUGGCAGUUUCCAGCUUCGGGUGGUGGCGUGAAAGGCUACGCUCAGACACUGAAGCUCCCAGCCUCUGGAGGUGGCGCUUAUGGUGUCGGUCACAGUCAAACGUGGCAGUUUCCAGCUUCGGGUGGUGGCGUGAAAGGCUACGCUCAGACACUGAAGCUCCCAGCCUCUGGAGGUGGCGCUUAUGGUGUCGGUCACAGCCAAACAUGGCAGUUUCCACCUUCGGGUAGUGGUGUGAAAGGCUACGCUCAGACACUGAAGCUCCCAGCCUCUGGAGGUGGCGCUUAUGGUGUCGGUCACAGUCAAACGUGGCAGUUUCCAGCUUCGGGUGGUGGCGUGAAAGGCUACGCUCAGACACUGAAGCUCCCAGCCUCUGGAGGUGGCGCUUAUGGUGUCGGUCACAGUCAAACGUGGCAGUUUCCAGCUUCGGGUGGUGGCGUGAAAGGCUACGCUCAGACACUGAAGCUCCCAGCCUCUGGAGGUGGCGCUUAUGGUGUCGGUCACAGUCAAACGUGGCAGUUUCCAGCUUCGGGUGGUGGCGUGAAAGGCUACGCUCAGACACUGAAGGUUCCAGCAUCUGGAGGUGGCGCUUAUGGUGUCGGUCACAGCCAAACGUGGCAGUUUCCGGCUUCGGGUGGUGGCGUGAAAGGCUAUCAAACACUGAAACUCCCAGCAUCAGUUUCUUACAGCUCCGGCUACGGGCAGACGAUGCAGCUACCUACCUUGGGGUCUAUUAAUUACGGAAGUGGCUACGGCUAUGGACAUACGUUGAAACUGCCGGCAUCUGGAACGACACAGUACUCCGCCGGCUUCGGACACAUACUGAAUAGUCCAGGUUCCGGUGGUGUGAAUCUUCAGAUGCAAGCACCUCCACACCAGGUGUGA